UUGGCAUGAAGAUCCACAUAAUGAAGAUGCAUAAAUGAAAAUAUGUCUCGCUACUUUAGAUAGUAAACUAAUUCAAUUUAGUAAAGAUAAUGAAUUUGUUUCUAUAAAUUAAUUUGCAAUCUAGUGGUGUACCAGAGGAAAAAAGAUUACAGUCGCCUAUAAAUAUGAACAUCACCACAGAGAAUAUAAAAUAUUUCUAUGCUGUGAUUGUUUCUUUGUUCUGAAAAGUCCUGAUGAAUGUUUAAAGUUGAGUAUAACAAAAUUAUUUCUGUUUGCAACUAUUACUAUGUUUGUGCUGUAUUUACCAUUGGGUGAUCCACAGACGUACUGCAAUAAUUUUAAUUGUUUUCAAGACCCAAUUGCCUUGUGUUGUCUAUGUGAUGCCCAUGACUUUGUCUCCCAAAUGGCUACGAAAACAUUGUAUACAUUCGACUUUUUGUCGUGCAAGUUAAUGGAUUUCUUAUACGAAAUGAAGUUGAAGGUCUACAGUUUUGUGGCUAAAAUAGAUCAAUACGAUUUAUGUCGAAUUGGAUGUUGUCCUGAAACAGAGAAUGAAGAAACUGGGAUCAAAAGAUAUAGUUCAGUUCGAUCUAGUUGCAAAUGUAAAACCAAGUGUUGUAGACGUGGAGCGUGAUGUUGUGAUUUGUUUUAGUUA